GCUGUUUCUUUCCAUUCUGUCAGAACUUGCGAUGUGAACAACUGUUGUUUUGCAUUUUUCUACCAGAAAUUUGUAAAUUCGAUAUAUUAGCGAGACUCCGUUGUGUAUACUCUGAUUAUCCUGCUUAAUUGGAAAGCUUACCUUCUAACUGGGACUACUUACGUCUCGUCGAAGGAGAUUGAAUAGACCACAGAGCCGAGCUUACACUAAUUUUCGGAAGUGUGGCCAUAAUCCGCCAUAUCCAUUCGGAAAAUGCCUUUAACUACAGCAACAGGCAUCCUGGCUAUGUUGGAUGAGAAAGAUCCUAAACUGAAACGUUACGCCCUGGCGUCAAUGAACCGCUUAAUGGAAGAGUACUGGCCAGAAUUCGCUGAGUCGGAAUUUAUCCGCAAAGUGGAGGUCUUCCAAGAGUCCAAGGAAAAUCCUAACGAAGAACGCCAGCUGGCCGCUCUCGUGGCUUCGAAGAUCUAUUAUCAUCUAAAUUCUUUGGAGCAAGCUCUGCAGAGUGCUCUGGGCGCUGAGGCCAUCCUGGACCUGACAGAGCGCAGCGAAUUCAUUCGAACCAUCCUGGCUCGAUGUAUCGACAUCUACAUCAAACAACGCCAGGAAAGCGUGGAACAUCGCCAAGGUGAUGGCCCGGAAGCUGAUCCCCGACUGGAGAAGCUUGUUAACCGGUUGAUCCAACAAUGUUUUGACCAUCGCCAAUACAAGCAAGCCAUGGGCCUUGGAAUCGAAGCUCGGCGUCUGGAUGUAUUCGAGAAAGCGGUGACGGAAUCAGGCGACCAGCGCGGCAUGUUGGGCUAUGGGAUGCGCAUUGCCAUGUCACUCGUACAGCAUCGUCAGUUCCGCUCGGAUCUGUUCAGCAAACUCGUCAGUUUGUACGUCAACGUCCAUCCGCCUGACUACAUAAAUAUGGUGCAGUGUCUCAUCUUCAUGGAGCGCCCUAAUGAAGUGGCGGAGAUUUUGGCGCGUCUGCUGGAAAAGGACGAUCAGCGGUUGAUGGCGUAUCAACUUGGAUUCGAUUUGUACGAAAACGGAACACAACAACUCCUUCACUCCAUUCGCCUGGCAUUGAAAGAUAAGGGCACUGGAGUGGUCGGACCAGUAAAGGAUGCUAUGGAGAAGUUGGAUACAAUUCUCAGUGGUCAGACUACAAUCCAGCUGCACCUGCAGUUUCUGAUCCGGAAUAACCAUACUGAUUUGGUUAUCUUAAAACAUACGAAGGACGCCGUUCGGAAUUCGGUUAAUCAUAAUGCAGCCAUCGUCGCAAACGGGUUCAUGAAUUGUGGAACCACUUCGGAUGUAUUUUUAAGGGAUAAUCUGGAAUGGUUAGGGCGUGCGACGAAUUGGGCCAAGUUUUCGGCUACCGCCAGCUUAGGUGUAAUUCAUCGGGGACAUGAAAAGGAUCCAUUGAAACUGAUGUCGACAUACCUUCCCAAAGAUGCUGGAGCUGGUUCCUAUGCUGAAGGUGGUGGUCUCUAUGCCCUCGGAUUGAUCCAUGCUAACCACGGGACGGAGCAGAUCGUUGAUUAUCUUUCUGAGCAGCUGAAAGCGGCGAGCAAUGAAAUGGUUCGGCAUGGUGGUUGCCUCGGGUUGGGAUUAGCGGCCAUGUCUACCGCACGUGAUGAUAUUUAUGAACUCCUGAAGCAGAAUUUAUUUCAGGACGACGCGAUCACAGGGGAAGCGGCAUCCGUAGCCAUGGGUUUGGUCAUGUUGGGCUCGCAUAACGCUAAGGCGGUUGAGGACAUGGUUACCUAUGCGCAUGAGACCCAGCAUGAGAAGAUUUUGCGAGGUUUGGCUGUGGCAUUGGCCCUGGUGAUGUUCGGUCGUCUGGAGGAGGCUGAUCCGCUUAUUACACAGUUAAUGGACGACAAGGAUCCUAUUAUGCGCCGCUGUGCCAUGUAUACGAUUGCUAUGGCGUAUUGCGGCACUGGGAAUAACGAAGCUAUUCGGAAACUGCUGCACGUUGCCGUCAGCGACACCGAUAAUGAUGUGAGACGCUCUGCUGUAUUGGGCAUUGGCUUCUUGCUGUUCCGUCACCCGGAACAGUGCCCCGGUGCUGUAGAUUUGCUGGCCGAGAGCUACAAUCCGCAUGUGCGUUAUGGUGCUGCACUGGCUCUUGGGAUUGCUUGUGCAGGAACAGGAAGUCGUGAGGCUAUCAGCAUUCUGGAGCCGAUGUUGAAUGACACAGUGAAUUACGUGCGCCAGGGCGUUUACAUUGCAUCGGCGAUGAUUCUCAUGCAACACAAUGAAGAAACCUGUCCCAAAUCCAAAGAAUUCCGGGAAAAAUAUCGCAAAGCCAUUGAUGAUAAGCAUGAAGAUGUUAUGGCACGAUUUGGAGCCAUAGUGGCGCAAGGCAUUAUUGAUGCAGGUGGACGGAAUGUGACGAUAUCGGCUCAGACCCGAACCGGACACACGUCGUUACCGACCGUGGUUGGUUUGUUCGUUUUUACCCAGUUUUGGUAUUGGUUUCCCUUUACCCAUUUCUUGUCAAUGGCCUUCACUCCUACUUGUUUAAUUGCAUUGAAUAAGGAUCUUAAGAUGCCAAAAAUUAAUCUGAAAUCUGCUGCGGAGCCGAAGAAAUUCGCUUAUCCUCCACCCGCGGAAGAAAAGAAAAGUCACACCGUGGAAAAGGUGCAGACAGCGGUAUUGAGCAUCACUGCGAAACAGCGCCGCAAGGACGAACUGAAAAAGAUGAGCGAUAGUGGGAAGAGUGACGAUAAAAUGGAUGUUGAUGAGGAUAAAAAGGAAGAGGGAAAAGCCGAUGGAAAAGAUGAAGUUACUAAAAUGGAGGAGGCUCCCAAAGAUCAUUUAAUACUGCAGAAUCCAGCGCGCGUGAUGAAUGCCCAACUUCGUGUGAUGAGCGUGGCUGAUGAGACGCGCUAUCGUCCAUUGAAGCCGAUUAGUACCGGCGGCAUUAUUAUGCUGGCCGACACCAGUUUGGAACCGGAAGAGAUUGUGGAGAGCCUGGCACCAUCAGGCCCAAAAUACGAGGGUGAAGAACAGGAGCCGACACCUCCGGAACCCUUCGAAUAUGUUGAGGAGUAAUUUCUUGUCGUUUCAUCUGAAGUUUUUUUUAAAUAUGAUGUUGGUUUUGUAACUGAAAAUAUUUGUUUCAUGUUUAUUCUAUCCACAUCUGGCAUAAGUUGAGCGAGUUCGAAUAAUAAAUUGAUGCAUCAGAAUAGC